AGAGCCUGGAGGAGGCGAUCGGAAGUCCUAACUGGGGAUGGCCCUCGUUCCCCACUCGGAACCGACCCACCAGUGUCUAAACUCGAUGGUCUUCGGCACUGCGCCGGCUGCUCUAGCCACUUCAGCUCUCACUCUUUGGUAUCCUGCCUUGUUCCGGCGUCUCUAAGCGGUCUGAUUCCUAGAGACGCGGUCUGCACGUGGAGAAGAGCGUGGAUCCCGCAACCUUGCGCUCCACAGCCCCAUGUUCGAGGAGCCGGAGUGGGCCGAGGAGGCCCCUGUAGUCGCGGACUUCGGGUCUGUAGCCUUAGGGCUUCGGCCCACGGCAGCCUCUCAAAUCAAGGGCUCCAGCCGCCGCCAGCUCUUGGCCACAUUACGGGCCCUGGAGGUAGCAUCUGUUCCCCAGCAGCCCCCUAGCCUGCCUGGCAGUGACUCUGAGGAGGAGGAGGAGGAGGUAGUGGAAACAAAGAAGAAACGCCUGAAAAGGGGCUUGUUUGCUGGUGCGUCUAGUGAAGUAGAGGAGAAAAGGAAGAAGAAACGUCACAAACAGGGCCCACCUAGCGGUGACUCCAAGGAAGAGGAAGUGGAAAGGAAGAAGUGCCACAAAGGGGCUCUUCUUGGCAGUGCCUUGGCUGAAGAAGAGAAAAAAAAGAGGAAAUGCCAGAAACAGAUCCCUUCAAAUCUUGCCCAGCCCCUGGACAAUCUUGACCAAACAGAUUCUAAAGUUUGGAAUUCUCGUGUUACAAGUGACCCCACCAAGCCAACCUGUGAGAUCCCUUCCUCUAAUCCUGCCCAUACCUUGAGUCGCAAGCAAUGGCGAAACCGGCAGAAGAACAAGCGUAGACAGAAGAACAAGUUUCGGCCAUCUCAGCCACCAGAGCAGGCCCCAUCCCCAGCCCCAGCCUCUGCAGAGGAGGCAGAGGUGCCUUCUGCCCCCAGUCCAGACAGCCAUGGAACCCGGGCAGAGGCUCUUCGAGCCCGAAUGGCCCAGCGUCUGGAUGGUGCCCGGUUCCGCUACCUCAAUGAACAGCUGUACUCAGGGCCCAGCAGUGCUGCGCAGCGCCUCUUCCAGGAAGACCCUGAGGCCUUUCUCCUCUACCACCGUGGCUUCCAAAACCAAGUCAAGAAGUGGCCACUGCAGCCGGUAGACCGCAUCGCCAGGGAUCUUCGCCAGCGGCCUGCAUCCCUGGUGGUGGCUGACUUUGGCUGUGGGGACUGCCGCCUGGCUUCAAGCAUCCGGAAUCCUGUACACUGCUUUGACUUGGCCUCUCUGGACCCCCGGGUCACUGUGUGUGACAUGGCCCAGGUGCCUCUGGAGGAUGAAUCUGUAGAUGUGGCUGUGUUCUGCCUUUCACUGAUGGGAACCAACAUCAGAGACUUCCUGGAGGAGGCAAAUCGAGUGCUGAAGCCAGGGGGUCUCCUGAAAGUGGCUGAGGUCAGCAGCCGCUUUGAAGAUGUUCGGACUUUUCUGGGGGCUGUCACCAAGCUGGGCUUCAAGGUCAUCUCCAAGGAUCUGACCAACAGCCACUUCUUCUUGUUUGACUUUGAAAAGACUGGGCCCCCUCGGGUAGGGCCCAAGACUCAGCUCUCAGGCCUGAAGCUUCAGCCUUGUCUCUAUAAGCGCAGGUGACCUUUGGAGCCCCCUUGAAUGGGGAGGCAAAUCUUGAACUCCAGACUCAGUACUCUGAAGACUGUAUCCAGCCAGGCUGUGACCCGGGGCCUGAUACCACCCUUACUCCAUCUCAAGAACAAAAUAUAAUGAAACUCUUGGCUCAACCCUGCUGUGAUGAAGGCUUCUUGGUUCUAGGAAGCAUAAAGUCGUUUGGGCUAGCUAAAGAGUAAGGAGUUCAUUGUGAGAACACAGGAGUAUGUGGGAAUUAUGGAUCCCCUCAGUGUCAUGAAAACUACAUGGUUUGGAAUUCAAGGCAUCUCUUAGUUUGGUGUCUGUUUCCAUCUCUCAGAAGCCAUAUGAGCUUUCUGUCCUAGCAUCUCCACUCUCUGUUCUGAUUUUCCUAUCUGCACACCAGAUCCCUCUGCUCACCCAAAGCUUCUACAGCUUUGGUCUGCCCAGGCCUUGAAGGCCACAGGCAGGCAUUGCUUCUUGGCUCUAGGGCAGCUCGGCUCUAGAGCAAGUGCAGCAGCCCUCACAUCAGCGGAGGCAACUUGGCUCUAGUCCAUCAACAUCAUCUGGACUUCUUGGUCAAGAUGGUUUGAUUGUCCCUAUGCUGAGUACUUCUUCCCCGUGAUUGUCAUCUCUGUCUUUGGAGCUGAAUGGCCCUGACCCUCCUGGCGUCUAUUGUUCUGUUGGGUCCUGGUGUUUGUCUGGCUGAGAGCGCAGAUAUUGGAAUCAGGUAGGCCUGCUGUUGGACUGUCGAGAGCCUUUUACUCUUUGAAUGUUCAGCUACUCAUUUGGUAAAUGAUAGAAUAACUGUCUCAUAGAAUUGUUGUAUGGGUUAAUGAGGAAAUCUGUAGCCAAGGCAGGGCACAUAGGAGGUGCUCAGUAACUGUUGCUGUGGCUGUUGUGUGUUGCAAGCCUUACUGUUUCUAAAGACCUACCCUAAGCAGGAUUAGGGGUUGAAGAGUAAAGGAUGAAUUUGUUGAUUGAGGAAGACUCUGGGAGAGCUCAAGAUAGGCCUUUCAACAGCCUUAUUUUAUGAGAUUUUUAGAGAUUCUAAAUAGACUGUGAGCAGUUUUUUGAGUUGGGGUGAUGUGGGAGCUGGGUCUUCAUAAAUCACAACUGAUUGAUGCCAUUUGGGGUGGGGAUUGGCAGAAAAGUGUGUCUGUUGUUUCUGCCUUGCAGUGGGCCCAGGUCAGCACAUCCUAGGCCAAACUAUGGGCAGAGAAGACUAGUUCUGGGAGAAGAUGACUGGGAUGACAAGUCCUUGGCCUAAAAGGCAUCUGCCAUGGGCCCAGGUAUAAAGAUACAGUCUGUUCUACCUGUUUCUAAGGGCUCCCCUGGUGGCUCAGACAGUAAAGACUUAUUUCCAAGAGCAAGAACUGAGGGGAACCACUGGCACACAGGAUCCAAGACUCUGCACCGGUUGAGUGCCUCCAGUAAGGGGGUGUUUUGAGGCAGGUUGUGCAGGCCAGAGGGCGUGUUUGGAAGCUAGGCUGCAAACCAUCCAGCAGACACUGUUCAGUACCUUUUCACGUGCUUCUCGUUGCGGAAUACUCAUCUGACUGGCAGAGUCUUACUCAUCCUUCCAGACAGCCUAGUUGUUUCCUACUCCAUUGCUCCCAAAGCAGAACUAAUUUCUUCAUCUGCAUUGUCAAAGCACUGCAGGAAGAGGUCAACUGCAACGUUUAAAUACUGUGUGGGGUUGUUCUGUGCAUUAGGCUGCAGUCUUCUCAGCUCAUAUUUAUCUUUGUAUUUCCAGAGCUGGUCACUUGAGAUCCAUCCAAGGAGGUGAUAAAGAUGACAGGGUUCGUGGACCAGUGAGAAGCAGGGGUAUUGCAGGAACCCAGGUUUGGCCACAUGAUGAGGUCACUAGUGACGGUGCAAGGAGUGGGCAGGCGGAAGAACUUCAGUUGGUAGAACUGGUGGGACAUUGAGGCUUGGUGAGAAAAAGGAAUCUGAAGCAGAUCUUGGGUUUCUGGCUUAAGCAACUGCGCUGUUGAUGCCAUUCAAAAUGUUGGGAUUUUGGUACCUAGAUGUUCAUUUGGAAACGGGACAUAAACUCAGUAGCCAGGGGAGGUCAUUCAAGUCAUCGUAAUAGAUAAGAUAUCCAGAAUAAGAUAACGAGAAGAGAAAAUGGCUUGGAAGAGAACUCUUGAGGAGCAUUUAAUGGAUAAGUAAAGGAAAAUGAACCAGUAAAGCUGACAAGAGAAGGUGGAGCCAGAGAUGGAGUAAAACCAGGAGAGUGGAUUUCUUCAUGUGGAAGGAAUGGGAAGGUUUUAGUGCUGUUGGAUGCUCUUGAAAGAUCUGUUAAAAUGAGCGAAAGGUCAGAUUGUGGCAGGGAGAGGAUUUCUGCGUAAUGUUGAGGGGUUUAAAUUUAUAGUGGUAUUAUUCAUGAAUAUAUAGUUAUACCAGUCAGCCCAAUGGUGUGGUUAUCUCUGCCUGCACAGGAAUCUAGGUGUAACUGUAGGAAAAAUGAGUACUAAGGGAUCAUCCAGAGUUGAAACCUUACCACACAAUUUAAAUGAAAUCAAGCAAAGGCGUUUCAGACCAUUCACAAGUUAGUGAUGUCUAUGCUGGGCCAUGAACUUUGUAGAACAACUGAGUGGCGUGAAGACAGGAGUAGGUAGUUGCACUGGGGCUAAUUUUAAAAGUAACCUAGAAAGAUGGGAGGCUGUGGUCAGAAACUGGGAUGUCUGAAUAGUUCAUACUGGAAGUAAAGCAGCCCCAGGCAGUGGCCAAGUUUAAGAGUGUAGUUAUAGGAGUGAGUGCCUGAGAGGAGUGCACAGGAGGUUGCCUGGAGGUUGAUUAUUGCAUGGGGGGCUCAGAUAUUGGGAGUGGGUCUGCAUGGACUUUGAAGUUCUCCAAGAUGAUAAUAGAAGUUAGCAUGGAACAGUGCCAGUGUCUUGAAGAAGGGGGCAGAUUCAGGAAAUCUGCAGACAGAGUAGGAGAGGCCCAAUAGUGUGAAUUCAGGACAGAGGGUCACACAGCCUACUGGAGAGACUUCCAUCUGGGGGAUGAUGUGAGGCUGGUGAGUGGAGCUGGCUGCCAGGCAGCCAAGACAAUACCCUAACAGUCGUCUCCAACUUACCGGGAUUCUCUGGGGAUUAUAGGGGAAACGACUGUUGUGGCAGCUUCAUGGGAUGGGAACCUCUUGGGAUCACGGGGAGACAAGCUGUCAAGUCUGAGGACGUCUGCCUCGUUAAGAGAACAUACAUCACCUUUUAUAGCGUCCUAGCUCUGCUUCCUCCCAGCUGUUAGGUAUAUUCCUAGAUCUUGAUUCGUUUUUCCUGUUUGUUAUCAUGCUCAACAGGACAGCUGGGGUCUGCCUUCCUCCCUAUUUUGCUUUCCUUCCCUUACUUAAAAUUUGGACUUUUUCUUUGCCUGUUCUGGUUCCAGCCACCUGAAUAAACAUCUUGCUAGGUCUGCCUCAGGCCCAUGACUCCCCCUGUCUCAGGCCAGCCUCCACCUGCUUUUCCAUCAAUUCUGAAAGCAGGGCUUCUGAGUCUGGGUCAUCACUGCUCCAUUAUCAGCUUCAGGACCAUCUCUCGUUUAAACCUGGGCUUCAGUGUCUGAUGUCUGAUAUUGAGAGCUUAGACUGAAGAAAGAACAGUGUAUGCUCCCUUAAGAAAAAGCAGCAUACCAGCUGUUUAAGGAACAAUGAGAUCACUUUAAGGAACAAUUUGAGAAUAGGAUGAAGGAGUGGCAGUCAUAGUAAGAGGUAAAUGGGAGUGGGAAAGAGUCUUAACUGGAGACUGCACUGGGAGCAUUCAGGAAGCUUGAGGGAUUUAUUCCUGACCCCAAGAAAUGGUACACCUGGAGUCUGACUCCUGCCCUGGAAAUGCAGAGGGCAAGCAGAGGCUCACUUUCAGUGGUGGCGCCAGGGGUGUGCUGCUGCUUUUGCAUUGGUCUGUGUUCCUCUAAUCUGCUGAGGCGAACCAUUCAGGCGUGUAUCCUGUGCAACUUGUAGCAGGGGAAGCAUCGGGUGGUCUGGAGCGCUGUCCAGUAGGACCACUGAAGAGGUAAGGAAGCACAGAGAAGUUAGGAGUGUGCCAUCUGGACUAAGGAGGGAAUUGUAGGAUACCACCCAAAAUAAAGCUGCACCCACCAGGGUAAAGGGGACUGCAGAAAAAGGACAGCAAGACGCCCCCUUUAAAUCUGUGAGGCCCAUGGGACCCAGAAAUAUCCAACUAGGCAAAAGCUCUCUUAUCCCCUUCCUUCUCUGCAGUUGGGCCCAGAGCAGUCAGCAGCUAUUAGGUGCAAAGGAGGUGAGAAGAGAGCCUAGAGAUCAUCCCCCACCCCCUUCUCCAGUGCAGGCUUCUUGACUUUAGCAGGACAGAGCUGAGAGGUGAAAACAGCUAAAGCCAGAAGAGGUGCAGAUUAUUUAUUGUUACGUAGGAUUAAAUGUUGUAAUCACUUGAGAUUGGAUUUGUCUCUUAUACUGAUCCUAAGAAUAUGUGAACUGAGAAUGAGCCGUAAGUCACAGGCUUGCCACAGCUUUUCUCUGAAUGAAGAAAGGUCGGAGGGGUGGUGGGAGACAAGAAUAAAGUUGGGUUUGGAUAGCA